AACAGUCGCCUUGUCGAAAACGGCGAAAUUUCAAAAAUAACAUUUUCUAACAAAUAAAUGUAAAUCAAAACAUAUUUCUAUUCAAUGAACUCAUUUAAACAUUUAUUACGGUUGUUGUGUCGGUAAUUGUUCACUGGAAUCUAUGAGUUUCAACCGGGUUGUUUAUGUUUAUGUUAUUGCAGUCGCACGUUGUGUUGGCAAAAAAGGUCAACGAACAAGAAGAGUACCUCCAAAUCUAAAUUCUAAAAUGUCAAAUUGUUUUUAACGCAACUUUUAACCGGUUUAGUGUCAUUUCUGCCCUAUUCAUUUAUCGGUAUAGCCUGAAAAUGUAUUUUCCUAUUGGUUGGCCUAAAGUGCUUAACGUUUUCAAUCCAAAUAAUUGCUCAAUUCGUCAAUUAGUCUGCAACAGGGACAAAAUAUUGUUCUCUGUUCUAACGGACGACACUUUACUCAUUUACUACUGCAAGCCAUGUCUAUUAAUUGUCCUUCACCAACGUCCAAAAGAUUCGUUAGAAGAUAUUGGUAUGAAUGAACUUGUAGAAUGGAGACCUGAUUCUAGCUCUUUGGUUGUCGUGACAUCAUGCGGCUAUUUAUUGUUGUACAAAGUGACAUACGAUCCCGAUCAUAAAGGGCUCUAUGAACAAAUAGACCCGCCGCAAAUGAGCCUCAGGAGAGACAGCGCUGAGUUAUUUAUCAAAGAGAUUAUACCGCCACUUCAUUUAUCUUUAGAAAAAGAAGUUCCUGUUGGAGGUGUGCUCACAAGUAUUGGAUGUAUAAGGGACGAACUUAUGGUCGCCACGACCAGAGGGCAAAUUCUCCGAUACCGUUGGGAUAUGACUCUAAAUAGAGAUUAUUGCGUCGACUUACGAAGAGUACCAUUUUGCCUUGAUCAACAUGUUUCAAAAGCCAUACCCAUAUCAGAAGAAAACGCCUACAUUAUUGAAAUUGAUUAUUCACCGUUGAUAGGCGGUUUUGCAGUUGUAUUUAACGAUGGAAGGGCUGCUUUUCUUACUGCUUACUCAUUGAAAUUUGACCCUAAUCAAAUGCAAGGAAUAUGGGCGCCAAAUAUUGAUGAUGCUACCUGCGCCUCGGUGAAUCAUAAAUUUAGAUUGAUUACAUUUGGGAGAAAAAACUCGCAGUGUGUUGUGUACAGUGUCGAUGAAACAACCGGAGGAUUAAUCGUAUCGCACCAUCUCAUCAUCCCGGGUCAAGUUUUUCCAGGUAAUAUCGGACCGGUUCAUUGUAUGAGAUGGUCCCCAGAUGCAUGCGCACUAGCCGUAGCUUGGUCGUCUGGAGGUAUAUCGCUAUGGAGCACAUUUGGAUCGCUGUUAAUGUGUACAUUAUCCUGGGAUUAUGGCUUAAAUUUUGAUUUAUCGCUUCAAAAUCCAUUAAAAAUACAUGCGAUGGAAUGGUCAGCUGAGGGUUAUCAGUUAUGGAUGGCUAAGAAGACAUCCGUAGCGGACAAUGAAUUUGAAGAUAGCGUAAUACAGCUUAAUUUUGUCAAAAGUGCCUUAACUGUCAACCCCUGUAUGAGCCAUCAAAAUCAUCUGUACCUGCAAGGGGAAGACCGACUGUAUGUAAAUUUAGGUGUUGGACUAUCGCAGGUUUAUAAUAUUUUAAACAAAACCGUGCCUAGUGGAAGGGAUUCGCCAUUACCGUUUACAUCUGCACUUGUAGAUUCUAAACAGUGGAUUGUUGUACAGAUUCCGUCAGCCUAUUCCUCAAUAAACUGGCCGAUUCGGUACACUGCUAUAAAUGCAAGUGGCGACAAGCUAGUUGUAGCCGGCAAGGCCGGUUUAGCCCAUUAUUCAUUGAGCAAUCAGAAAUGGAAGCUUUUUGGAAAUGAAACCCAAGAGAAAGACAUGAUUGUGACAGGGGGUUUGUUGUGGUGGAAAGAGUACGUUGUCGCCGGUUGUUACAACAUACCGGAACAAAAGGAUGAACUUAGGCUUUACCCGAGUUGUGCGAGACUCUCUAAUAUCCACAUGACAUGCCACACCUUGCAAGGGCAGGUUUUGCUGCUCGAUUCCCUCGAAGAUUCCGUUUUAGUGUUUUGCGCCGAUGGUCGAAUUACAAUUUACAAUUUGAUUGAGGACAGAAAAGUUGAAAACGGUUCAAAUAUUACCCUGAGAAAAGUGCAAACAAUCGAUCUUUCUGCUUUGUGUGUCCAUCCAGCUUGUUUCGUUUCUUUAACUUUAACUUCCUUACGAAUAGAGCCUACUAGAUCAAAUCCAGCCAAGAAAAAUAAUUUUGCAAUCAAUGUUUCAGGAAGAUUACUCAUGGUCUAUCAGCAAGAUGAAGAUAACUCACAGGUUCUUCAGGCACCGACUGUUUUAGCAUCGUGUGUUGAGAAUGUUUGGUCGCCAAGAAAAUUCUGUAAAGGUAAACCCCAUUUGACAGAAGCUCUUUGGCUGUUUUGUGGCGCUCAUGGCAUGAGGGUUUGGCUGCCUUUGUUCCCCAGGCAUGGCGAUAACGCCCAUACGUUCAUGUCAAAACGUAUUAUGUUACCUUUCCAGUUAAAAAUCUAUCCUUUAGCUAUAUUAUUCGAGGAUGCGAUCAUUUUGGGUGCUGAAAAUGAUACCAUUCUUUACACAUCUGAUGCUAAUUCGCCUUUUUCUCUACCGUUUUGUGUUCUCGAACGAACUAGUCAAGUUUAUCUACAUCACAUUUUGAGACAGUUGAUUCGUCGAAACCUCGGAUUUCAUGCCUGGGAGAUAGCGAGGUGUUGUACAUCUCUUCCAUACUUUCCACAUUCUUUGGAACUGUUGCUUCAUGAGGUCUUAGAGGAAGAGGCCACGAGCAAAGAACCGAUACCUGACGCCCAGUUACCCAGCGUUGUUGAAUUCAUUCAGGAGUUUCCAGUUUAUCUAGAUACAGUCGUCCGCUGUGCCAGGAAAACAGAAAUCGCCCUUUGGCCUUACCUAUUCUCUGUAGCUGGCAAGCCUACACAGCUAUUUCAGCAGUGUUUAUCAAAAAAUUUAUUAGAAACUGCUGCAUCUUAUCUCAUCAUUUUACAAAAUCUGGAAUCAUCUGCCAUAAGUCGGCAGUAUGCUACAAUGCUCCUUGACUCAACGCUUUCCAACUGUAAAUGGGAAUUGUCAAAGGAAUUGGUUCGUUUUUUAAAAGCAAUAGAUCCAAAUGAUGUGGAAUGUGUGAGGAGUCCACCAUUGAUGGUCGCAUCAAAUUGUAGAAUUCCUCAAACACCUCCCGUGAAUGGAAACGAAGAAGACUUAUCACUUGUUCUCGGAACGACUCAAGUUUCAAGAGGGCGAAGUUUCAGCACGUCCACAAACCCAAAAAUUGUAAACGUUGAAAAACCAACAGGACCACAAUCAAGAUCGUCUGUUACGGAAUCAUCAGCCAUGAAAAGAAAGAAAUCCGUACCUACACCUAAAGUGGAAACUCGGGAUAAUAGCAAGUCGGCUGAAGAAUUUUUCAUGGAUGUUAUGAUAGAAAGGCACGCACGAAGAUUGUUGUCUAAUCAUAGGCUUAAUGAUUUGGGUUCGAUGGCGGCUAAUCUGGAUUUUCCAUUGGUUCGUUGGUUGGCAAGGGAAAGACACAGAGCAGCUGUUGUUGACAGUUGUACCAGAGCACUGAAAGACUUACAUGCAGAUUUCGUUUGGCCUUAUCCCACUCUCUGCUCUGGUUCUGGCCAAUUCUAUACAGACAAGGACCGAGCUAGCAUUAGUGAUAUAACUGAACAUUCAAGCCAGGUUGGUGACAGUGGUUAUACCAGUUACCAAGGGUUACGACUUUCAUCUGAUCAACAUCAAUUUCAUCAACAAAUCGACGAAAGAAGCAUGGUGAGUGAACCGGAUAGUUGGUUUUAUAGUGAAGAAAGUGAGUGUGCUAAUGGUUUUCCUUGGAGUGAUAUACCUUCACCCCAACUUCUCGAUCAUCUGUCUCGUCAAGUCACCACAAAGGGUUCACCAAAAGCAGACAUUCAAUUGAGAUACCUUCUUCAGCUUUUAACUGAUGCAGGGUGUUUACAAUGGGCCCUUUUAGUUUCAAUACUUCUACGAGAUGCCAUGGCGGUGUAUAGGUUAGUAAACUCUGCGAGGUCUCCUGAUCAGAAUUACGAAGCUGUGAAUAAAUUAAGGGAAGACAUUAUCACGCUUUCCCAUUGGGCUAACACGGAGUGUCUAGGCUAUAAACCCUUUAUGACAGCAAUUCAGGGCCAGGCAAAUAUUUUAACAAAGGUCUUGUCAACGAAACAGAAAAACAGUACAACGUACGCUGAACCACUUCGGAACACUCCAACGAUGGUAGCUCCCCCUCAAGAACAAAUAUCAUGCACAGGCCAUUUGCCAAACAACAGUGACGACAGUUUCCAGAAAAUAAGAAACGAUGAAUCACCAACUCCUUCGAUAAAUGUUCAGUUAAAGGAAAAAUCAUCUUGUGUUAUAUCGUGAUGGUAUUUUCAUAUUAAUGUUCUAAUAGGUUACUCAAUAAAAAUGCCUUAUCUUAAAUAUAAGCAAUAUAUAUUAUAUAUAAUACAUACAGUUUAAAACAUUUAUAAUAGAUUUGUAUUGUGGCCUUGACAAUCAGGCCAUUAUUAUAAGCUUAUCAAAGAUAAUUAUGUAAUAAAAAUUGCUCAGUAAUUGCUUAACAUUUUGUCAUAAUAGACAAGGCUGUGAUAUCAUAAGCUUUCAAAAAAACUGAUGGAACAUAAUAAAAGCAUGAAAAAUUAAAAACCUUAUAUUUAUUAGUCAUAUUUUAUUUUUAUUUAUUUAAAAUUUACCAUAUAGAUAUUUAUAAAUA